AUGGAUAAGAAAGUGUGUGAAAAGUUCGAGAAUGUAUGGUAUAAAUUUCCUGAUAAAUUGGACAGUGAUAAUAAGUAUCAAUUUAAAAAAGAAAAUUUCUUAGAUGGAUAUUGUGAUAGUUAUAGUUGUGAUCAUGAUGUCGAAAAAAUUAAUGCCGGAUUUUUUUAUUUGCUUAAUCAAUUCUUUGGAAGUUCUGGGUCAUCGUAUUCUGCGCAAAAUAAUAUAAAUGUUGUUGAUUAUAUUAUUCUAUGGUUAAGUUAUAUGUUAAACCUAAAGAAAAGUGAACAAAAUAUGAGUAAUAUACAAUAUUUUUAUAGUACAACUAUAAAUAAUGAUAGGUAUAAAAAGUCUAUACCUGGUGUUACAGAGUAUAAAAGUUAUAAGGAUCUUAUAGAUGAAAAAAAAGAAUUGAUGGAUAUUUCUAAUGAAAAAAUGUCUAAAAUUUAUGUUUUAUUUAAAAUUUUAUGUAAUAUGUAUACUGAUUUUGAUAAAAACAAUCCAGAUUGCAAUAAACAUUCGGUAAAAGCUAAAGAAUUUGUUGAAGAAUAUAAAAAACUUAAGGAAGAUUAUAAUAUUACUGAAGAUGGUCCAUAUUAUAAAUUAUUGUCUACUUUAUUAAAUGAUUAUAAUAAUUUAAAAAAUAAAUGUAGCAAUAUUCCACCCAUUCCAGGGAUAACAACAAACAUUUCUGAACAAAGAUCUGUACAAAGCUUUGGACAAAAUUCUGAAGAUAUAUCAAGUUCGUCGAUAGCAAACAAUUUACUUAUAGUUUUAUCAAUAUUUGGUGCAAUAGCAUUUUUUUUAGGAAUUUCUUAUAAGUAUUCGUUAUUUGGAUUUCGGAAACAAUUUCAAAAACAAAAAUUAAGAGAAAAAAUAAAAAAUAUAAAGAAUAGAAUGAAUCAUUAA